AUCGUCGAGGAAAAACACUGGUCUUUAGUCAAUGAGUUAAGUGCCGUCGCAAUUCGAUGAAACAAUGCAAAACUCGACCAGCGAAGCACUUGUGCCGGCGAAGGCUCAGUUCUGGGAUCUGCCGGAUGAGAUAUUGGGCAUCGUGUUCGACAAUCUCGACGUGUACGAGUUGAAAACCAUAUCGCUCGUAUGUAAACGAUGGUGUAAAGUGGUAUUUUGUGGGUCAAGAAUGGACAAGGUUUGCAUUACAGUGCGCUGUGAUAUCAACGAUCAGUAUUAUAAAUUGUUGCUUAAAACAACGAGAAUUUAUCGUCACAUUGACCUAUCACCCGGCAGUGAAAGAAUGGUUUUCGAUGAUUUCAUACAGUUUUUGCGGAAAUCAAAGAAUUCAGUACAUUCGCUGAAAAUAUGCCCAACAUUUCAUGUCACAUUGAAUCAGUUGCGGCUGAUCGUGCUAGAGGUUCCUAAUUUGCAGCAAUUGUCAAUACAUACUAUUGCUCCCUACGCCAAUUUCGAGCAGAUGAAUGAACGGCACGAAUCAUUUCCAAGUCUGCCGAAGCUUACGCACCUUUGCAUCGGUAAAGAAAGUAGUGUGUUGCCCUUUGAUGAGUUCAGUGUACGCACGAUUGCUUUCCACUUGAAAUGUCUCGAUAUGCACUGUGACUCACAAGACCAGUUGAAAGUGUUCCGGCAUUUUAGCGGCCAACUUAAAUUUGUUCGAGUGGUGUUUGCCACCAAGGACUUUUUCGAUCGCUUUUUCGAGUUAAUUUUUCCCGAUUUGAAUGAAUUGGAAAUCCUGGACAAUUGCUACGAGAAGAAACCGGAUGGCGAGUUCUUUCGCAGCCUUACCAGCCUCCGGCGGUUGACUCUUCGAUGCCACCUAUCCAAACGAACAAUUCAGAUAAUCACGUCGUGCUGCCACGAGCUAACGUUCUUGCACAUCCACACGCAAAUGUUAGAAGAAAAAUGGUUGACAUCCCUCGCAGAACUAACCAAGCUUCAAGCUGUUAAAUUGGAAGGAUGGUUCCCGAAGGAAACGUUCUAUGGUUGCAAAUCGAUUACAUCGCUUGAAUCGCUCCAUUUGCUCGAUGGUGUAUAUAUGUUUAGAUACAUUCCGAAAGACUUGAAUUUCUUCAACGAUAUAUUAACGGUGGCUCCACAACUAUCACUUCUGGAAAUCGGGUGUCCAUUGAGUGACGAUUCACUCCUUCUCUUUAUCUGCGAUAAGUUUAAGCAUCUUAGGUGCUUGAAGCUGCGAUUUCGUUUCGGCAUCACCACAGAAGGUCUUAUAAGAAUCGAUCAACUGCCACUACUACAGGAACUGCAGCUAGGUCCGUGGGACGUGUCGGUAGAUUCGAGAAAUGUAUUCGUUCGUAUUCCUUCGAAUAAUGUCCAACGCCUAUCACUUGUUGAGAGCACUGAUCUAACGGAUGAUGACCUUCUCAUGAUACCUGAAAUUUUCCCCAAGCUCCAAAACUUGUGCGUUGCACGUUGCCGCUCGAUAUCGGAGGCUGUCGUCGCAAGGCUACGCACAUUGCGCCUAACAUGUAGAAUCGAUAUGAACGGAAAGCGGUUUUAUCCAGAUCAUCAAAGCAUAACGGAAUAA